GCAUUGCUUCGUCUGCUGUUGCGUCUUAAAAAAGUACCUGAGUACGAGUAGCCACGCAUCAAUGUGACGUGUGGCUCAUCGCGACCUAUGAUCGUUGGGUGAAAGAGCUAGUCUCUGCCGGAAGGCUACCCGGUGGAUGUUGCUGAGGAAAUGAAUGGACGGCUGGCGUAGAGGCUGAACACAGGCAGUCAAGACACAGCUUGGCGGCUUGGUGAUUUUGCACAUGAACCGUGGCGCGCGCCAUCCUCCUGGCCCAUCCACCUUUUUAUUCCCCGGAUGCCAGCUGUACAAUGUGCCUCCCCCGGUCCAGUAGGCUUCCAUUCGCGAUUGCAGCAAACUUUCUUCAGUCGCCAUCCGCGGCGCGCAAACGAAUCGCAGCAACGUAUUCGUGCCGUCGGCCUGCCGUUGAUGCAGACAAGAGCCGACACAGGCAGAAGCGGCCCCCGGACCCCGUCACAUUGCUUGGUGACGCCGAACCAGUUGAUCGUUAUGGAAUUGAAGCCAGAGCCUGUAGAGGUACUCGUACCUAGUCAGAGGACUCCAUGUUUGGUGCUAGCCAGCAGGCCCGCUGGCCGGUGCUAGACCAAACCAACCUUCUGGUGCCUCUGAGCCCUGCCGGGGUAAAAAGGGUUGUUGGAUGGAAGGG